GAAUUAUUGGAGGGUUUUUUAAAAUCAUUUCGUUGGACUCCAACGUUGCAAACUUCAGUGUCAUAUUUUUUCUUCCGAAACAAGAUAAAAGUAAUAAAAGUAAAGAAAACACCGAAUACAAAAUUCAACCGUCUCCCCUCUUCUAUUUUUUCACGUAUAAUCGUCUCGAUGAAAACCGAGACGAUUAUAAGUGAACGAAAAAUUUUCGACGACGAUCGAUCCACCGAAGAUUGCCCUUUGAAAAAUAUCACAAUCUCGAUGUUGCUGAGAAAUCGUCCGUUUUGCGACACGCACAAGUUGGCAAUAAAAAACGAAGAGAAAAACUGGCGGUUCGCGAGAAACGCGCACUAGCUGCACUCAUUUCAUUCGAUAAAAUUGUCAGUGUUUCAAAAACAUUGACACUUUUGUCCCGUAAUUACAGUAAUUAAUAGCGCAGCAUGUACGUCCCUCUCAUUUUACUCUUCACUUGAAAAUACAUUUGCAGUUUCGUUAAGGUAUUACUUUCACGAAUCCGAAUAUUCUACAAAUAACUGAUUUUUCAUUACACAAGUAAAAGCGCAUGCGAAUUGAUUGGCGAAAUUUCAGGUCAGGCUAUCGAACAUUCGAUGAAGAAUUAAAAGUUGAAAAAUCGUAAAAUUUAUAAGGAAGCUUACGGAGAUUCCGUCAUCAAUAAAUUUCUAUUCGAUAAUUCUUAUACUAAAUUAUUCUAAAUUCCUGAUACAAACUCUAUGACAGAAAAAAAUGUCAGGAAUCCAUGGCGACGAUAAAAAUAAAGGGUUACCGAAUCCUUAAAAAAUAUGUUAACAAUGGAAGUUGAAAGAAUGGCAGAAGCUUUUCCCCCAAAAAUACGAUCAUGCGAAAGAAAGAUCUUGAAAUUUUAAAAGAACAUCAUUUUCUGACACAAAAUUAUGAAAUUAGGAAAAUUUCGAGGGUCCAGCGCAGAUGAUUUUUCGGUCUCUUCCGUUGAAAAAAUAUGAUUCGAGCGCUAUCGUAAUAACGUUUGGUCCGCAGUGUAACUCGAUAGCAGCGUUCGACGUUCUCUUCGUUGGUAACUUUUUCAAAAUCUCCGACAUUCGAGAGAAGCUGCAUUACCGUUUGAUCGGGUUCUCAUGUGUCAGGGACGCCGAGUCUGUUGAAGGUUCGAUGUCGACAAUCGUUCUAUUUUAAUCGCGCAUGAGGCAUCGUCGUGUACGUUUUGUAUUGAGAAAACUCAAGCUGAUUUGAUCCAUGCAUUGCGUCAUUUAGAUUUUCAAAUAUUUCUCGGUAUUGUUGGGCUUCGAUUGUUGAAAUAAAAUAUGCAGUUUUGUUUCGAAACUGGCAAAAAUGAAUGCUGAAUUUAUCGAGAUUUUAGAUAAACUUCAAAGCUCUGAUUGCGUUGCUUUUUUUGUUGUUGUCGAUUGUUGGAAAUCAGUGGAGGAGGCGACCGAACGGAAGCUGCGACUGCUGCUGAGAGAGGCUCGCGAUCUGCCCGCAGCGGAAGAAUCCGACUUUUUGGAAACGAAGCUUCCCAGUUACUACGAUCCGCUCAAAUUCCAAUUGGGUCAGCGAGUCUUCGACUCGAACGUGUUCACGAUGAUGAUCGGAAAGCUCGCGGGUCUUUUGACUCUGCUCGCGGUCCCGUCGAUCCUCGCGAUUCUCAAAUUCACGAAACAGAGUGGCACACCGUGCACCGCAUUUCGAAGAUACGCCUCGACGAUCCUGCACACUUGUGUCUGGUACAAAAAUUCCCCGGAGCAACGCGUCGAGUUCUUCGAGUCUUUGAAGAAUGUUCGAAAGAAGCAUUGCAUCGCUUCGCGGCGAAGCUUCGAGGCAGGAGUAGGUAAAAUAACGCAGCUCGACAUGGCCCUCACGCAAUUUGGUUUCAUGGGCUUUCCUCUCCUCUGCGACAAGCGCCUCGGAAUCGUCACUACCGAGGAAGAGUUGGAAGGGCUCAUCCACUUCUGGCGCGUCAUCGGACGGAUGCUCGGAAUCGAAGAGCGAUUCAACAUCUGCAACGGCAGUGUCGAAGAGACUCGAGCACUUUGCCGAAGACUGUUGGAGGACAUAUUCCUGCCUCACCUUGCCAAACCGUCGGAGGAUUUUGACGAAAUGGGUCGCGUACUUCUGGAGGGUCUCUGGCCAGUUAAUCCGUUCAUCGACAACGACGCUUUCAGAGCGUUUACGAUCGACCUCGUGACAUCGGCUGUGCCUAACAACAAUCAUCCCCUCAUGAUUGGGACGAGAACGAUGUCGAGGUAUAGCCGGUUCGUCCUGAAUCUUCAGCUCUUCGUUCACGAGUAUCUGAUCGCAGCGACUUAUCGUUGGUCAUUCGUGUUCCGAGCUAUUUUCAACGCUCAAAUGAGAAUGGGCAUAUUCUUGACGGAAAGGUUCCCUUUUUUGGCGUACUGGCUCUUCGGAAGGAGCAAUUCUUGCGUCAACAUUUACAAGUUUCAUUUCGAUUGAUUGUUGUCGAAACUGCGACGAGGAAGAACCGCGUCCGGGGUAUCUUCGGGGAGGAAAUAAAGUCGUUGGUCGCCAAAAAUAUUUUCGUUGCUCAACUAAAUGGAAUGGAUGAACUCAAUUUUAUUAGCGACGAUUCGUCGGUUCGACAAAUUAUUCUUUUCGACUGAGCGCGCAGUUGUAAAUAUUCGCUCAGGUUGCAGGCUCGCAGAGAACUCGAAAUAUGUUUUACACCCCAUAAACUAUUUUUAUUUUAAGGUAGAUGGUGCGCGAAGGAUCGUAUUUUAUGGGUGUCUCAAUUGGGUCGAUUUUUACUCCCUAAUUAAGGAUACAAUCACUUUUAUUAAUGUCAGAGUUAUUUAUUCGAUAUUGUAAAUAAAUUUGUUCAACUUACCUUUUGCCGAAUGAAAUUACAAGCCGAAAAUACUAGUUUAGUUAGAGAGCAUAGAGGGUAAACAUAAAGGGAAAUGGGUGAAGAAAAAAGUAUUAAUAAAAGUAAAGCUGAAGUUCCCAA